AUGAAGCUCAAUAACAUUGCCGGCGCGGUGUUCGCCCUCUGCUCCCUCACGGCAGCGUGUGAAGAGCAAAUACCCCUCCAAGGCAGCAAUGAAGCGCAGGUCAAGCCUGUCAACAUCGCCAUCAUAGGAGCUGGAGCAGCAGGCGCCUCAACAGCCUUCCACCUCCAUCGAUACGCCCGCAGCGCCGAACUCCCCCUCAACAUCACCAUCUUCGAACGCAACCCCUAUAUCGGCGGGCGCUCUACAACUGUCAGCGCCUAUAAUGACAGCAGCCUCCCUGUCGAGCUCGGUGCCAGCAUCUUCGUCACCGUAAACAAGAUCCUGGUCGAUGCCGUCCGCGACUUCAAUCUCUCCACAUCAACCUUCUCCAGCGAUCAAGAUGACAAGUACAGCAAGAUCCCCGGGGACGCGUUGGCUGUAUGGGAUGGCAAGGAUAUUGUAAUUACGCAGAAUGGGAAGUGGUGGGACUAUGCGAAGUUGUUCUGGAGGUAUGGACUUACACCGCUCAAGACUCAAGGGUUGAUGAAGAAGACGGUGGGGAAGUUCUUGAAGAUGUAUGAUGCGCCGGUUUUCCCGUUUGAGGAUUUGACAAAGGCAGCGCAUGAGGUGGAAUUGAUCGAGGUUACGACGAGGACCGGGGAAGAGUUUAUGCGUGUCAAUGGGAUUGAGGGGAAGUUUGGGAGGGAAAUCGUACAAGCUAGUACGAGGGUGAAUUACGCGCAGAAUCUGGCGUAUAUCCAUGGUCUAGAGGCUAUGGUCUGUAUGGCGACGGAGGGUGCGAUGAGUGUCGAAGGAGGGAAUUGGAGGAUCUUUGAGGAGAUGGCGAAGAGGUCUGGAGCGAAGGUGUUGUUGGAUACCGAAGCCGGUGGAGUCUGGCCGCAGGGGAGUGGAAGUUACGCCUUGAACUACACCCAUCCGGACGGAUCGGGUUCUGGAUCUGGAGUCUUCGAUGCAGUGGUCCUAGCCGCGCCAUACCAAUUUUCAGAGCUCAAGUCCUUGGGUGUUGACGAGAGCGAGCUCACGACGGCAAAGAAUCCUGACAAGGUGCUCUACGUUGAGUUGCACGUCACGCUGUUCACUUCGCCACACCUUCUCUCGCCCGCCUUCUUCAACCUUUCAUCGGACAAGGCAGCACCACAAGUCAUCCUGACAACACUCCCUCCCGACGAAGAGCCCGAGAAAGGCCGCAAAGGCGUCGGCAGCCCAGGUUUCUUCAGCAUCUCCCUGCUACGCCCCAUCACAAACCCUUCAACAUCCGUCGACGAAUACCUCUACAAAAUCUUUUCCCCAACCCCAAUCAACAGCACUUUCCUAUCCCACCUCCUCGGCGUGCAAGACCUCCCCGACAACAAUGAAGACACAAUCUCGUCUCGAGACGUAACCUGGAUAUACCGCAAAGUCUGGAACUCAUAUCCCUACGAGUAUCCGAGGGUCACGUUUGAGGAUAUCAAGCUGAGGGAGAAUCUGUGGUAUACGGCGGGGAUGGAAAGUUUUAUCAGCACGAUGGAGACGAAUGCGUUGAUGGGGAAGAAUGUGGCUAAACUAGUCGUCGAUGAGUGGGUGCAGAGGAAGGGCAUCAGUUCCAUUGAGGAGCAAUCCACGAUCUGGAGGGUUUUUGAGUUUUUGAGUUUGAGAGGAUGA